CGUAUCGGACUCGCCAAUCGCGAAAAGCGGGGCCGUGGCAGCUCUCAGGCUUCUUACUGUUUUCUGUUCAACCUAACUUUUUAUCUUUCUCGGGGUAAAAAUAUAAUAAAAGAUUCGUAACUGCCGAACUCGAGAAAGAUGCCUGUGCGAAUAACCCAGAAGCACGUCGAAUUGGCGACGAAGUGGACUCCGACCGCAAUGGCCUAUGGAACGGGUGCCUGGUUAGCACUGUUGUACUUCACGGACUGGAAAGUGGUCGUGCGACACAUUCCAUUCUACGGCAGCAAGUUUCCGGCAGAAGAGGAAUAGGCUACGGGGUUCCUCGACAAGAUUAUGUAAUAGUCUCGUUGGAACGAUAGAGACUCUAUUGUACCAUACUACAUUUGUUCUGCUUAUUUAAAUUAUAAGGUAUUAAUAAAGAAACUUAUGUAAUAUCGA